GCCGGACUUGAAUUCCAUCUGUCUGUCUAUGUUGACCACGCAGGAGGUGGACGACAUGCGGAAUGCCUGCAGGACUGUGCCACCGCACUUGAUGUUGAAAAAGGCAGAUGCGAAGAUCCCAGAUUUGAAGCUCCGAAAAGAGAUCGCUCCAGAGAUCAUUUCUCAGCUGAAGACGAAACUCAGCAGUUUGCUCGUUGGCUCUGUCGAGAUUGAAGAGGAAGACUUGGGUCAAAACAUUGACACCCUUUUCCUGGAUAUCCCUGCCACGGUGAAGAUCAUGGGCUUGGUGCACUGUUGUGAGUACGUUGCCAUCCUCAAACGAGUGUGGGAUGCCAAAGAAGAGCUCUUCAACAGUAUAGCGAAGCAGGUGGAACAAUGGCGAAGCUUCGAAGUGCUGUGUCGCCUCAGUCUUCGAGAUGCCUGUGUUCUGGCUAAGCAGACGUUGGACGCAGAUGUGGAACACCUUCGCAAAUCCAAAUCUUCGUGCUUGAAUCGCCUAGCAGCAGAGUGGAAAUUGGCUCCAAGAGAGGAGGACAUGAUGUUGCUGCAUAUGCUGGGGCUGAAUCGGCAGAUACAGGUGCUGCUCAGCAUCGAACGCGAUGUCGAGUUGCAAUGGUGUGAAUUGAUGGCCAAGGUAGAGGUAAGAGAAGAAAGAAGUGGAAAGCUUCGAGAAUAUCUUAAUUUCACUCAACGUUUGAGACCAUACCUCAACGAGGAGGAUUUGCUUCCAGGCAAAAAGCCACUCGAGAAAGAAAGCGGUCAGAAGCUUGAAAUCUACGACUUGGCCAUGGUGCGACAAGGCGUGUCCGAGAUUUUCAAAAAGCUGAAACAACUGUACAAGUGGAAGCCUGACAUGAGCUCUCGAACGGCGAUCUCCAAAACAAAUUGGGUUGCGCGACUCUCCGCAGUCUUGAAGUUGGUGAAGACGACGUACACGCUGUCCGCAGACAAAGAGCUGCGGAAGUUCCUUCAACUGGAGGCUUCCAGGAAUUUGGGGAGCGAAAUCUACAAGAACUACGUGCAGUGGAGGAACACGGAGCAAGGCGAUGGUCUUCAAAAGCCUCGGAAACGAAUUGCCUCUGAACAUACGAUGGAAGAAAUGAGCAAAAAGUGGGAGGAGCUCAUUUCAAUUCACUACCCCGAGAGCACCCAACAGCAGCAACCUCAACAUCAGCCACGGACACCUGCUGGACUGGGUGUGGCCGCAAUGACAC